AUGUCCUACCACAUCGACCUCACAGACCUCACGCCACUCGCCGAAGUGCACGACCAAAUCCUCCACCUCCUCUACCUCUCCUCCCCCACCCUCCCCCUCCGCCUCUCCAAAUCCCUCUACCGCCACUUUAUUCCCAAAAUCUACUCUCAUCUCACUAUCGACUCGUCCAACGUGCACCCCAUCCUCUCUGGCUUGGGCUCGCCAAAGGGGUUCAAGGCGCAAGCUUUGAGUUUUGUAGAAGGGUUGAAGAUUGGGGUGGACGAUGUUGGCUGGAAUGGUUUGAGGUUGGCCUUGCACGAUACUCUCCUCAUCCCCAACCUACCCUGCCCGCUCUUCCCCCGCUUGGAACACAUCCACCUCGGGCACUCCCUCUUCAAGCCCUACGGCGGUAUCGAACGCAUGUUCGAAGCCCUCCUCCCUUCCUACAUUCCUCCGCCUUGCCACGUCUCUUUCGACCUGGCUUUGCAUCAUUUGGAUAUUGACCAUAGUCAGCAGGACUAUGUCCGGGAUUAUAACCUGGCGACGAUGAGACGGCUUACAAAUUUCAUGCUCGUAUUCUUCCACGAGCAGAGUGCGUAUCACGUCACUUUCCGGCUCUUUGACCCUGCCUCUAUUGCCACCACGAGUACCAAAAUCUCAUCCCAAGAGGCGAAACCGUACCGCGAAGCCUUCUGGGUCUUACACCACUCGCCCAUCCCGCACCUCGACAGAUUCAUGCUCGGUGAAUGGCUCGUGCCGCGUCUCCUCCGACCCUCCGGGUCGAGCGAAGCCGUCAGGGGCGAGUUGGAGGCGUAUUUUGCGGGGGGGAUGGAAGAUCGGUUUGGGAUGGUUUAUGGGCGGGAUGUGGGGGGGUAUGUGAGGCGGUAUGAUGUCUGGUUCUUGGAGGAGGAAGAGGAGGGGGAUGAGGGUGAGAGUGAUGAUGGUUACUCUACGCCGGUAUGGAAUAAACCGACUACAUGUGGCUUCUCCCUCUCCGCCAUUCGUAUUGUGAGUUCCAUACCUUCAAUUGUACCUCAUAGGAGGCGCUUACACGAGGACAAAGCUGCUUUCUUGCGCGCAAUAUCAAUACAAGCCACCGCCCGCUUUGAGUCUGCCAAAGUCGUGUCCUUGUCUGUCUGCGGUGUGAUUGUAUCCAGCUCUGUAGUCCUGUUCAUAUAUGGGUUAUCGUUGUACUAG